CGAGUCACAAAUCCGGAUCCCGACGUCAACAAAGCCACCGAUUGAAUUAAUUUAUUCAAUUUUUCGUGUGAAAAGUUGCUGCGAACUUGUGGAAAAUAUCUCCAACGCCUAAACGCUUAAAAUGUCUUCGAAGCGUUCGGCAGACGAUUCCGGCGGAAAUGCCGCAAACCAACCGCCCAUAAAAAAAGUUCACUUUGAGCCGCAUCUCAUCGGGCCCAUUUCGACGCUCGAGGAGAUGGAUAUCAAGGUGUUACAAUUCCAAAAUAAAAAGUUGGCGCAACGGAUUGAGCAGCGCGUUCGUUGCGAGGGCGAGUUGCGACAACGAAUCGAGCAACUGGAGAAGCGUCAAACGCAAGAUGAUGCCGUUUUGAAUGUCGUGAAUCGCUAUUGGAAUCAACUAAAUGAGGAUAUUCGCGUUUUGUUGCAGAGAUUUGAUGCGGAAACUGCCGACGAAUCGGAGAACAAGAACGAAAACGAGGCAACGACGUCUUUUUUGAUGCAACUUUCGACCUGGGACAAGGAAGAACUCGACGACAAACUCGCAAAUCGCGUUCAAGUGUCGAAACGAGCUGUCGCGAAAAUCGUUCAAGUCUUCGAUCGACUCAUGCAACGCAACGAAAAAAUCACAAAAGCGAUUCGGGGUGAAGCGGUGACCGAAGAUUCGACAGAACCUGCCGAAGCUCCGCCUUUGGACGAGACUUUGCGACAAGCGCAUAUCGAAAUUAUGGCGGAAAAUAAAAAUUUGCAGAUGCAAAAUACGACGUUGCACGAAAAAUAUCACACAAUCUCGCUAAAAAUGUCAGAAUUGCAAGACACACUCACGGGAAAGGAAACUGAAGUUGCUGAGCUGCGAAAUCAAACCGACGAUUUGCAGUAUGAGCUGGAAAAAGUUCGAUGCAGGAACGACAAACUCGAGAAUCAUCUCGCUGAAGCGAUUGAAAAACUCAAGGCGAUGCAUCAGAUGCACGGCGAAGGCAGCGGAAGCUCGUCGGGAAGUGACAAAGACGAGAAAUCCAAGUCGAGUUCGAGCAAAUCGGGCGGAUCGUCGACAAUGACGAGCGUUGCGGCGCACCAACUCGAGGAACUGCAAAAGGAUUUGGAGGAAUAUCGGGAGCUGGCGAAUAAUCGGCUACAGGAAUUGGAUCGGUUGCAUGCCCAGCAUCGGGAGGCAUUGAAGGAAGUGGAAAAAUUGAAGAUGGAUAUUCGUCAACUACCAGAGAGCGUUAUCGUGGAAACAACAGAAUACAAAUGUCUCCAAUCACAAUUUUCCGUUUUGUAUAACGAGUCGAUGCAAAUUAAGACGUUAUUGGAUGAAAAUCGGAAUCAACUACAAACCAGCAAGAUGCAACAUUUGCGUCAAAUUGAGUUAAUGGAGAGCGAAGAACUAAUGGCUCAAAAGCGCGUUCGCAGCGAAAUGAUCCAAAUGGAAGACGUUCUCGCGCAAAUUCGUAAGGAAUACGAAAUGCUCCGCAUUGAAUUCGAACAAAAUAUGGCAGCAAACGAACAAACAGCUCCCAUCAACAGGGAAAUGCGUCAUUUAAUCACCUCGCUGCAAAAUCACAAUGGCCAACUGAAAGGCGAAGUGUCGCGUUACAAGCGCAAAUACAAGGAAGUGAGUGGCGAUCACGUCAAACUACGAAAAGAACUUGACGAGGCACUUGCGAAACUCAACGAGAUGCAAACAAAAGUCGAAAAAGACGCGGAAGUGAAAAAAGAAGGAGUUUCCGGCGAAAAACCCGUCAAAGAAGAAGGCGCUUGUUCGUCCGAAGAGGGAAAUGUCGUCAAAGAAGAGUCUUUAACUGCCGUAAAAACCGAAGGCGAAGAAGGAGACGAAGAAAUGAAGGAAGGUGAUGUCAAGAAAGAAUCCACGCCAGUUGCUGAUGGCGCUGCAACGGCAAAUGUGAAGCAAGAAACCCCCGCGACAGACGUCAAAAAGGAAGCUGACGCCAAGGAGCUGCAAAAAUUGAAGGAACAAAAGGCAGCCGACUGCGAAUUGGUCCGCGAUCUCAAAACGCAACUCAAAAAAGCGGUAAACGAUCAAAAGGAGAUGAAACUCUUGCUCGACAUGUACAAAGGUGUGUCGAAGGAACAACGUGACAAAGUUCAAUUAAUGGCGACGGAGAAGAAACUCCGCUCGGAAGUCGAAGAACUGCGAAAAGAAGUGAAAAAAGUCGCCGAUUCCAAACGAGAAGACCGCAAAAAAUUAGCGGAUGAAGACGCGUUGCGCAAAAUUAAACAGCUGGAAGAAAAAGUUUACGAACUUCAGAAACAACUGGCGACUCAAAAGCCUGCCGAUGGUUCAUGGCAAGGCGGAUAUCGACCUUUUGUCGGAUCGCAUGAGGAAGAAGCCCUGUUGAACGAGAUGGAAGUCACAGGACAAGCUUUUGAAGACAUGCAAGAACAAAAUUUGCGUCUAAUUCAGCAGCUGCGUGAAAAGGAUGAUGCUAAUUUCAAACUCAUGUCUGAUAGGAUAAAAGCCAAUCAGAUGCACAAGUUGCUGCGUGAGGAAAAACAAGUCCUGGAGGAUCAGGUCACAACUCGCGACAGUCAAAUCGAAGCAAUGCACAUCGUCUUGCGAAAACUGGAAGAAAAAGAGCGAAUCCUCCAAAACACCGUCACGACAAUCGAGAAGGAGCUCGUGCUGCGUCAACAAGCGAUGGAAAUGCACAAACGCAAGGCAAUCGAAUCCGCGCAAUCGGCAGCCGACCUAAAACUCCAUCUCGAAAAGUAUCACGCGCAAAUGAAGGAAGCGCAACAAGUUGUCGCCGAAAAAACCUCCUCACUCGAAGCGGAAGCCUACAAAACGAAACGCCUGCAAGAAGAACUCGCGCAAUUCAAACGCAAGGCGGAACGCAUGAAGAAAAUCGAGAUGACGGGCACGACAAUUGACGAAGUGCUGCUCGAGGAAAUUCGCGAAUACAAGGAAACGCUCACGUGUCCCUCGUGCAAGGUGAAACGGAAAGAUGCCGUGCUGUCAAAGUGCUUCCACGUCUUUUGCUACGAUUGUUUGCGCACGCGAUACGAGACGCGACAACGCAAAUGCCCGAAAUGCAAUUGCGCCUUCGGGGCAAACGACUAUCAUCGACUGUAUUUGUCCACUUAAGACGUUCGUUCCAAGUAUUUCUCCUAAAAUUUUUUUUUUAUUUUAAAUAUUUUUAACCUUAUGAACAAUAAAUGUAUCCUAAAAUUAUUAGAAUUUAUCACAAAAAUUUAUUUUUUUCUUGAAUUCGUUCGAAAUUCUUCUUUGCUGCUUCAAUUAACGUCAAAUCUCG